AUGAUGGUUCUAUACGACCAGUAUCAUUUGCAUCCCGAAGCCUUCUUCCUUCUGAAAAAAAACUAUGCAAACAUCGAGAGGGAGGCUACAGCUGUUGCUUGGGCAUGUGAAAAGUUUCAAGAAUUUAUUAUUGGCAAGAGAAUAACAAUACAAACAGAUCACAAAGCACUACUUCAAAUUUUGAAAUCCAAACAUCUUGAUGAAUUGUCUCCAAGAAUUCAAAGAAUUCGAUUGCGUCUCAUGAGAUAUGAUUUUUCAAUUACUUAUAUUCCUGGAAAGCAGCUUCUAGUUCCUGAUGCUCUUUCAAGAGCACCUCUCCCAUUUUCAGGUACUGAUGACCGUGAGUUAGAAGAAGAAACUCAAGCGUUUGUUCAAAUGGUUUUGUCGUCCAUCGAUAUAAACGACUGCAUAGUUGCUAAAGUAUUGGAGGAACAAAAUAAAGAUCCGACUUUACGUGAACUGAAAAAAAUAAUCAUCCAAGGUUGGCCUUCUAAGACAUCAUUACGAGAUGACCUAAAACCGUAUAAUUCAGUUAAGGAUGAGCUAAGUGUGGAUAAUGAGAUGAUACUACGAGGUUCAAGACUUGUAAUUCAGCCAGCUCUGCAGUCUUGGGCACUUCAAAGAGUACAUGAAGGUCAUUUUGGAAUCACCAAGUGUCGUUUACGUGCAAAAGAGUCAGUCUGGUGGCCAGGAAUUUCUUCAGCCAUUGAAUGUAUGGUGAAAUCAUGCCCUACUUGUAUUAAACAUUCAAGGAACAGUCAUGAACCAUUGCUUCCCACACAAUUCCCUGACAGGCCAUGGAAAACACUUGCGAUGGAUUUGUUCAAACUUGAAGGCGUUUGGUUUUUGACUGUGACAGAUUAUUACUCCAGAUAUUUUGAGAUAGCUGAAUUAGAGUCAUUAACAUCACGAGAAGUAAUAAUGAGAUGCAAAGCCUUUUUCUGUCGACAUGGCAUUCCAGAAGAAAUUAGGUCUGACUGUGGGUCUCAAUUUCAAGUCCUUGAACAUUCAGAUUUCAAGACAUUUUCCAAAGUUUAUGGCUUCAAGCAUGUAACAAGUAGCCCAAAAUUUUCCCAAGCGGCAGUGAAAAUCGCCAAAAUGAUUCUAAAGAAAAAUGUGGAAGACCCUUAUUUAGCGCUUCUAGCCUAUCGAACGACACCCCUCUGGAAUGGGUUCAGUCCCUCUCAGCUUCUUAUGAACAGAGCAGAGCGAUUACGGAGCACAUUGCCUCAGACAGGACAUUUGCUUUGUGGAAAACCAGAUCUAAAGGAUCUUAAAGGGAGAGAAGAAACAUAUCGUGAGAAGUACAAACACAACUAUGAUAGAAGGCACAAAGUGCAAACUCUCAAUCCUCUUCAUAUAGGAGACCCAGUUUGGAUUGUGGACCUUAGAAGACAUGGCAAAAUUGUGAAAAUCCUGGACAGCCCUCGUUCAUAUAUUGUUGAAACUGAUAAGAGGAAUAAGAACCUCAUCUACCUUCUUCGGACAUAA